AUGAAAUUAAAAUUUAUUUUUUUAAUUUUAUUUUUUAUAAUUGGUAAUUCAAUUGGAAUUAAAAUUUCAAAAGAAAUAAAUAAAAUUAAAUUAAAUGAUAUUUCAAUAGAUGGUGAAAUUUUAUUAAAUAAAUCGAGUGAUUCAAGUAGUAGCCAAUCAUCAAAAAUCAUAAACAUUUGGCCAAUGCCAAAGAAAGUUUUAAAUGGAGAUAUUACAGUUUACAUUUCACCACAUUUUCAAUUUACAACCAAUUUAACAAAAUCAACAACUUUAAAAAAAGCAAUGGACCGUUAUUAUAAAUUAAUUUUUACUGAAGAUUCAAAAUCACAUUCAGGUAUUUCAAUUUUAAAUGAAAUUAAAAUUUUAGUAAAAUCAGAAGAUGAAACAUUACAAAUUGGAUUUGAUGAAAGUUAUGAAAUUUAUAUUGAUGAUAGUGGCGAUGAUGGUGGUAAAAUUAUAGCUGAAACAGUGUAUGGUGCCAUUAGGGGAUUGGAGACGUUAUAUCAAAUGAUUGGAUUUGAUUAUCAACGUGAAUAUUAUCAAAUUAAACAUUGUCCAUGGAUUAUUCAAGACUCACCAAGAUACCCACAUCGUGGGGUGAUGUUGGAUACUAGUAGACAUUUUUAUUCGGUAGAUGUUUUAAAGGAGUUUAUUGAAGCACUUGCCUAUAACAAAUUCAAUGUUUUUCAUUGGCAUGCUGUUGAUUCUCAGUCAUUCCCAUUGACAAGUACAACAUUUCCAAAGAUUACCAAAGGUUCAUGGUCAAGCCAAGAGAUCUAUUCAACUAGAGAUAUCAAAGAGAUCAUUCAACAUGCUAAAGAAUAUGGUAUUCGUGUGGAGUUAGAGAUUGAUAUGCCUGGACAUGCCUAUAGUUGGGGCAUUGGCUAUCCAAGUGUUUUGCCAGCAAAUUUCAGUCACUCAAUUCAGUGUCAACAACCAUGUCCUACCGAAUGUAAUAUACCAUUGGAUGUUUCCUCCAAAGAAUCCUAUGUGAUUGCCAUGGGUUUAUUAGAAGAGUUCAAUGGCGCUUCAAUGUUUAAUGAAUCAUUUUUCCAUAUUGGUGGUGAUGAAGUUGCUUAUUCAUGUUGGAAUAAUUCUUUAAGAAUAGUCGAUUGGAUGAAGCGAGAGAAUAUAUCAAGUUUUCAAGAUGCUGCCAUUUUCUUUGAAAUUAAAGCAAUUGAACAAUUGAUUCAGUUGGGUAAAACCCCAGUAAUGUGGGAAGAUGCUUAUUUAUUAUUUGGUUCAAGUGGUAUCACUGAAAAGUUGCCUGAAGAGGUUGUAGUUCAAAUAUACCAUGAUCCACUAUUGGCUUUAAAUACAACUAGAGAUGGUUAUAAAACUUUACAAUCACCUUAUUGGCCAUACUAUUUAGAUAAUCCAUCAGUUGAUUGGGAAAAAGUUUAUGAAUUCGAACCUUCAAAUGGUAUACACGAAAAAAGACUUCGUCUACUAUUGGGUGGUGAAACUUGUAUGUGGUCUGAAUUGGUUGAUGCAAGUAAUUUAUUUGCAAAAGUUUUCCCACGUGCUUUUGCAACAGCUGAAAGACUUUGGUUUUCUAUAGAAAAUUCAAAUUCAACAACUUUUGCAAAACCCCGUUUAGAAAGAUUCCGUUGUUUUUUAUUAGAAAGAGGCAUUGGUGCUGCACCUUUAAAUUCAACUUCCCCUGAUGAUCCAAACUCAUGUUAUUCAUCCUAA